AUGUCGUCGCCGGCAUUGCUCCUGCUGGCCGUGCUGGCUAUGGCGGCCCGGCUGGCGGCGAGCCUCAUCGGCCAUCCAGGCUGCCAGACGAGAUGCGGCGACGUGGACAUCCCCUACCCGUUCGGCAUCGCCGGCACCGGCGCCUGGGGCGUGAACUGCUCCCUCCCGGGCUUCGAGAUCAUCAGGUGCGUCGUCAGGAGCGGCGCCGGUAGCCUCGCCGUCGUGGAGCCCGUCCUGGCGGACACCAACAUCACCGUGCUGAGCCUUUCCGUGAUGCCGCGGCCGGAGGCCCGGGUGCUGCUGCCCGUGGCGUGGCAGUGCUUCAACUCCUCCGGCGGCAUCACCAACUACUCCGACGCCACGGUGAGGUUCAACCCGGCCGGCGUGUACCGCAUCUCCGACACCCACAAUGAGCUCUUCGUCCUCGGCUGCAACACCCUGGCGUACACCAACAACGGGCCGCCCGGCCGCCUCCCCUACUCCUACACCGGUCGCAUGACCUUCUGCAACGACUCCCAGAGCGCGCAGGACGGCAAGUGCGCCGGCGUCGGCUGCUGCCACGUCGACAUCCCGCCGGGGCUCACCGACAACUUGAUGCAGUUCGGGGACCCUAAUUCCUGGUCGCACGACGACCAGGAUUUCAGUCCCUGCGACUAUGGCUUCAUCGUAGAGAAGGGGAACUACUCGUUCCGGGCGUCUGACCUGACGACCAUGCCGCGGAGCAAGAGGAUGCCGCUGCGGCUCGACUGGGCCAUUCGCAACGGCAGCAGCUCCGCGUCCGUGUCGUGCGCUGCCGCCAAGAACAAGCCCCAUUACGCUUGCCUGAGCGAUCACAGUGAGUGCGUCAACUCCACCAAUGGCCCGGGGUAUUUCUGUAACUGCACACAGGGAUACGAGGGCAACCCCUACAUCGUCAACGGAUGCACAACUUCUUAUGGUAUUGAUGGCACUGAGAUUUGGAUUAAAUUCUAA